GUUUUUGCGAUGUUUUCUGUUGGAAUUAAUUAAUUUUCAAGAACAUUGUUUUACAACUAGUAGCCUUUUGGGCUAAAACCCCAAACCAGCAUCUUCAAUUACAACUCCAGGCGACUCAAAAAACGACUCUUGCAAGCUCAGCUCAGUCAUGGCUGUGUCUAUUUCCAGGAAGUUUUUCGGUUCUUCUGGUGGUUACUUUCGGGCAAUAUGUUGUCGGAAUCACGGGGGUUUGUCAUUGACCUCGCAGAGCCACGUUUCUCUGGAAUCAUCUACAGAAAAGAAGACUAGAUCACCUUUCUCUGCUUUUCGAAAUCUGUCAACUUCAAUAUUAACUCCUGAAUCAAGUGAAGGAACAUUUCCCUCUGAUUUAUUAUCCACCGCACAAGUUAUAACUCCAGAACGUAAGAUAGGACUCUAUCAGGAUUUGGUUAUCCCUGUUACCAACUUUAAUAAUGAAGAUAAGGGCUUUAUGGUUUUGGCUGGUGAUGUAUUUGACGUUCCUAUUAGAAAGGAUAUUAUUCACCGGGUUGUAAGAUGGCAACUUGCAAAACGACAACAGGGAACUCAUUCCACAAAAACUAUCAGUGAGGUCAGUGGAACUGGGCGAAAGCCAUGGCCACAGAAGGGCACAGGUCAAGCAAGGCAUGGUUCAAGGCGUGGACCUCAGUGGAGACAUGGUGCUACUAUGCAUGGUCCAAAGCCACGAAGUCAUGCUAUUAAGCUGAACAAGAAAGUUCGUCGGCUAGGGCUUAAAAUUGCAUUAACAGCUCGUGCAGCAGAAGGAAAGCUAGCAAUAUUUGAUGAUCUGGACGUUCCUACACACAAGACUAAGAACAUUGUGAACUAUCUGAAGCAUAUGGAGAACACCAAGAAACUUCUUCUUGUGGAUGGAGGUCCCAUCGAUGAAAAAUUGAAACUGUCUACUCAAAAUCUGCACUAUGUCAACGUUCUGCCUUCAAUUGGCUUGAAUGUCUAUAGCAUAUUGUUGCAUGACACUUUAGUAAUGUCACGUGAUGCUGUUAAUAAGAUAGUUGAGAGGAUGCAUACACCAAUCAACCGUUAAAAGCAAUAUCUGCUACCUCAGGUACAAUGAAUUUGAUGUCGAGUGAAUCUGGUUUUUUGUGGUGCAAGGAAGAAAAAAAGAGAUAUCAGAGGAUCAGCAGCUAUUGUAUUAGUACUUUGGGCACCAUCAAACCGUUCCGAGUCCUUGGCUCACCCUUCAAUAUUGUAAUAAAACGUAGGCUAUUCCUGCUCUCUGAGUGUGAGGAGAUACUUUGGAAGGGUCAAAAGAUAUUUAGGUAGGAUAUUCUGGUUGAUUGCCAAUUUGUAGUAUUCCUUUUGGUUUUUACUAAACUAUUGCUUUGAAUUUUCCAACCAAUUGUUAAUGAUGCACACAAAGCAUGGGAUGCUGUUGAUUAAA